AUGAACGGUCAGAUAUUUCCCUUCCUACGUUUACCCACUGAUCUCUGCUCAGAAAUUUUGAAAACUAUGGACUACCAAGAAAUAAUUUCCUACUCAUUAUUGUCAAAGAAGGCACUAUCAAUGAUCAAAGCUCUCCAAUUACCAAUUUCUUAUGUUCAGAUAAGAAUGGAUGCACAGUUGACUCGUGUCCCUCUUGAUGAGAAUAUUUCUCUUCAACACAUCGGAACGGCUAAUUUGAAAGAUUUGCAGUUGUAUUAUCAAAACGAUCUGAACCUCGUUGAAAUUUGUUCCUGGAAUUUUGAAAGUUGUAUGAUCAAUAUAAGGAUUGAUCAACUUUCGCUUCGUGACUUGAAUCGAUUUUUCAAAAUGUGGGUUCAGGGAUCCAAUCCAAAGUUGAAGGAAUUGUACAUUCUGUGUGGCACGCAGAUUAUCUUGAUUAAAGGAUUGAAAAUAGAAGAAGAAACAGAAGAACAAGGAGAAAAGAAGUUCAUGAUCAGAAACGUUCGUGGUAUUGGUGCUGAAAUCAGUGUCUUGGUGCUGAAAUCAAUUCUGACCCCGCUUUCCGGAUAUGUAGAUGUCGGAAAAGCCACCGUUCUUCUCUCCAACCGCAAAUUAGAUUUUGCGCUUACUUAUUUAUUAUUUCUAUCAAAUAUGGACGGACAGAAAUUUCCCUUCCGCCGUUUAUCCAAUGAUAUCUGUUUGAAGGUUCUGAAAACAAUAGACCUCCAUGAAAUGUGA